UAACCUAUAUAUAAACAAGUUUUACCAGAUUGAAGAUCUAUCAAAUCCUAUCAACAAGCGAUUUUCACCCCUUUCUCUGAUUUUACCACUUUCGAUAAGCGAUUCUCGAACUGUUUCGAGAAGCGAUUUUCAUCCCCUGCCUCCGAACCAGAUAGGUUUUACAUGUUCUACAGCAAUUCCAUUCAACCAAUGCCGGCAUACAUGUUCUACAGCAAUUCAAUUCAACCAAUGCCGGUAUGUGCCGUUCCUCAGGCAUUAGGAGAAUUUUUAAGGGAAGUAGAAGUUGCCUUUCAUGAUGACAGGGACAAGUAUGAUCAAUUUUGCAAACUCUGGCAAGAUAUUCAAUUUAGCAGAAUUCCUUUUUUAGUUUUCGAAGCAAAAUUGAAGAGCUUGUUUCAAGGACAUAAAUAUUUAAUUUUGGAAUUCAACAAACUUGUGCCGAAACAUGCUUCACAGUUUAUUGAAGCAGUCAAAGUUGCUUUAAAAGAUGAUUAUCAUGCUUUUAUUAAAGUUUUUCAAGAUUACAGGACUUUCAAAGAUGAUUAUCAUGAUUUUAUUAAAGUUUUUGAAGAUUACAGGACAAGAAAGAUUGAUGAAAGGUGUCUUUCUUCAAGAGUGAAGGAGCUGCUCAGAGAGCAUGCGCUUUUAAUCAGCCAGACAAAACCUCCUUGGGAUGAACUUACUUUUGAUGUGCUUUCUGUCAUUUCCCAAAAACUAGAUUUUGACGACCUCUUUCAGUUUUCUCGAGUCUGCGCAAAUUGGAGACUUUUUCAUAAAUCAAUUGAUAAAUCAAAAUUCUUGAUAUCCCAAGAACCAUUACUUGUUGAGUUACCAUAUUCCUUUACUAGCCUACCCAAACAAAAAGUUUAUCCAUUGAACAAGAUGAUGAUGAACAUGUUGAGUUACUCACAUUACCCCUCCUUCCCUAUCUAUGUUACCUGUUCAUGUGGAUAUUUCAUUAUUAUAGCGGACAAUUCUUCGCUUCUGCUCAUCAAUCCAUUUAGAAGAAUAAAAAAGAAGGUAAUUUGUCCAUCCACCUUUGAGAGUUUCUCAUAUCAACAUAAAUACCAUGCAUUACUUGAUUUUGACAAAGAUUCUGAGGAAUUUGUUUUGGUAUUUUUAUUCUAUGCGUCCAACAGUCUACAUGUCUAUCAAUCUCGAAAUAAUGGUUGGGUUACUUGUUCCACUGACUAUCCCCAAGAUAUUUACUACUUUGAUGACGACUUUGUUAACCUUAUUUCCGACUUUGUGGCUUUGAACAAUAUAAUAUAUGUUGUUUCUUUCCAGGCCAGGAUAGGGGUACUCAAUUUGAGUUCUGCAAAUAUUGAAUUUUUUAAAAUGGCUAAUUCCCUAGAAUUAGAAUUAGCGAGAUCAUGGUUUAACUUGGUUAAAUGUGAUGAACAACUUUUUCUAGUUCGAUUAUAUCGUCAUCUUACAGGGGGGUCUCCUCCGCCGGAUAGAAAAGUUUUCAAGAUAGAUUUCUCAACCAUGACUUACGUGGAACUCGAAACCUUGGGGGAUAUUGCAUUAUUUUAUGUUUGUUUUAACAGCUGUAAGGCAUUGAGCAACCCGAAUAAAUGGGGGUAUGAGAGCAACUCUGUGUAUGAAGUUUGUAGUCAUCCUAAUCAUCAAACACCCAAUUGUACUGUUUAUAAUUGGGAUAAAAAAUCUCUGAAAUAUAUUGCGCCUCCAAAUCUUAAAACAAAGGGCGGCAGCUUAGAUUGGUAUUUUAUAAUAUGAACUAGAUUAUUCUCUCUAAUUAUUGACUAAACUUUGUUCGUUCUUCAUGUUACUAUUUAUUACUUUUGCUGUAAAAGAAAUAUUAUCAAGUAUAUUUAUUUCUAUUAUUUUGUUAGGGUAUUUCUCCAAUUUUAUUAACUUUACUGUUUAUAUUCUUAAUCGUUCUGUUCUAUGUGCUUAGUGAAACCACUUUUGCGGUUGUUUCUCCAAUUUUGUUAGGGUUGCAUCCAAUAAAUCUUUUCAUAGUGAAAAUGUACAACAUUGAACCACUGUAAAAAGAUGAUGAAAUCAGGAUGGAGUGCUUGGUCAUUGAUUUCUAUAAAUCUUGAAUUUAUAUUAAUUUACUAUGUGUCUGCAUUCUAAUCUUUUCAAUCCAAAUAUUACAUUGUAAAGGGAUAUCAAGUGUUCUAAUAUAUUGGUUGAUGUAAAUGGUUCAGUCAAGCUUGCAGAUUUUGGGUUGGCAAAGGUAAUCUUCAAUAAAACUAAUUUAUCUUUUUUUAACUUUUGCUAAUAUACAGUCCAAAUGCUGGCUUCUCGUAGUAUUGGUCAGAACCAUGCACGCAUACUAUAUUUUGAACGUGCAGUUUAUAGUUCCUCCCCAAGAGCAAUGAUUGUUAUCCUCAUUAUCAAAGGGAGGCAGAACUGCUGCAAUCUUCUGCAUAAUGAUGUUAUCAGGGCCUGCAACUAGAGCUACCUAUUGUUAAGCAUACUCCAAUUUCAGCUACCAUCCUAAAUCUAUUGUGAAUCAAGGCCCUGCAACUAGACUUCAUUUAAAUAUGUACCAUUCUUAGCUCAAAAGUUGCUUAGUUUGAAUAUUAGAUGAUUUUAUAAAACACAGUGACAACUUGAUGGAACAAAAGUCUAACUUGAUUAGUUUGAAAAUUAGCCUUAAUUUCUAUUGCAAUUGAUCUUUUUUUUUUUAUGUCUUGACAUGUAAUUUGGGAUAGCAUCAAAAUGUAUCUUUGCAUGUGCAAAGGAAAUGGAAAAAGGAGGCAUACUGACUUUACAAUUGGGCUUGGGAAACUUCCAACCAUUUUGACCAUCAAAAUACGACCCUAUAUGUAAUUCAAAAUUGAACCUUCAUGAAUUCUUUGCAAUGUAUCAUAACAUGUAUUAAUCACUUGGAAUUUUGCUUUCUAUAUAUAUAAAAGUGAAGAAUGUAACUUGUACAGAAAUUUGAAAUAAAAACUUGAUUAAUAUUUAUAUUGUCAUUUUACAA